CUGUGCCCAUUCAUUCUAUUUCUAUACGUCCAAAUGGUGAUUAAAGAUAUCCAACGUGGCUGAAACUCCAGUUAAGAACCAUGGAGGUAGACUCAAACCCGCAAGAGUAUUACAGAUCUAGUUAGUUGAGAACGGUAAAUUGUCGACUGAGUUGGUGUAAAACAGUCCCUCCUUCGAAAAGCUAACAACAGAGGAUAUAGUAUCGCGACUCCUUGCAUUAGGAUUAGGAACUCUAGACUGCUGUCUCCAGUGUUUGGUGAUGCAUACACAAACACCGUGAGGCCAAGACACGAACAGAAGUCGCUCCUCACCAUACUAUAUAAAUGACUCAAUAUUGAAGUUUACCUGGGAGGACCAACAUGGCGCCCGCUAAUGCACCGGGCGCAGUUCUGACUGUCAUUUUGCUUAUUGGGGCAUGCAGAGUAUUACUUUCUUUAGUCUAUCUGGACGAACGACUUGUCGCCGGUAACGUACAGAUACCUUACGACCCACCAAUCAGUAGGUCUGAAGUACUACACCGAAAUGUCAAAGAACAAGAGCCGGAUUCUGUCAAUGACGCGGGUAAAGAUGGCGAACACGCGCUCAACGACCUCAUGGAUAAAGGUCACGGAGACUCUCACGGGAAAGAUGCAGAUUUGAACGUUAAAAAAGACGAAGUUAAAAAAGACGAAGUUAAAAAAGACGAAGUUAAAAAAGACGAAGUUAAAACAGAAAAGCUGUCCCUGUCUGCGAGGAAAGUUUUAGAGUUUGAGACGAAACUGAAGAAGUUAAAGGGAAAGUGGUUGCAUGAAAAAUUAAAGUUUUGGACGCCUUCUGGUGCAAAAAUGUGUCAAAAUGGCGGGGAAGGCUUAUAUUUAUUAACAGUGGUCAAUUCUGAACCAUUGAAUGCGAAUCAGCGAGAGGCGAUACGCGAGACGUGGGGUUCAGAGCGCUCCGUGGACGGGAAAAACGUACAGACUCUGUUCAUGGUUGGACAUCCCACGUCGAAGGCAAUUGAAGACUCUUUGGAAAAAAAGGUCAUCGAAGAAUGUGACAAUAAGGGCGAUGUCAUUGGAACUAGUGUGAUCGAGCCUAAGAAACUCUCAACCCCCUCAACGUUGAGAAUUCUAGCUACGUUUAAAUAUGUGUUAACACACUGCCCUCUCGUGAAAUAUGUCUUCAUUGGUCCCGAAAAUCUCUUUGUAGAUCAAGAGAACAUGAUUAAAUAUUUGAAAGCGUUGAACAAUCCGACAAGUCUUUAUUUAGGCCGAGUUCGGAAGGAUGGUAAGCCGCAGCGAGAUGCCAAAUAUAAAGAUUACGUGGAUUUGAAAACUUACAAACCAGAGGCGUACCCGAAAUACUGCGUCGGUGGGGCUGGAUUUGUUGUCUCUACGCAGUUUAUUCAAGAUGCGUACUUAAAGAGUAUGUCAAUGGCUGUGGAGACGAUGGGAUUUAACAUCGGAGACGUGUAUCUUGGGAUGAUCGCACUUAAUCUGAAAGUGUGGCCUAAGUACAAGGAUUCCUUUUUGAAGCUUGGUGGCGAUGCGGAUUACUGCGAUCUUAAAGGCACCAUUACGCUGGGUGGUUUCGGUACUGAGGAGCUCAUGAGAUCAGUGUGGAGGAACCACAGUUUAGAGGUGGUCUGCUCUAAUCCUAUACCUAACGUUACGGAUAUUGAGCAUUGGACGGGUAAGAUGGACAACAAUGCGUACUUCAGUAAGGUACUCAAGCUGAUCCACCACCCGAAGAAAACAUGCUGGAAGAAUCCAAAGACAAAACAGGCACCCUACCUUCUCGCUCUCGUGAGCUCCAUGCCCGAGCACUUUGAACUGAGAGCAGCGAUCCGAAAAACGUGGGCGGCACCAGACUACAUGACCAAUACGAACUCUAAGACUCUUUUCAUCCUUGGGAAAUCACGUGGUAUGACCACUGGUAUGCAGGAUGCUAUAGACGAGGAAGCGCGCCAAAACAGCGACAUCAUCCAAGCCGAUUUCCUGGAAUCGUUUCACAACCUCACUCUCAAAGUCAUCCUUGGGUUGAGGUGGGUCUCCACCAAUUGCAAGCAAGCGUCUUUCAUCUACAAGGGAGACGACGACAUGCUGGUCAACUUUGAGCGAAUCACGAGCCAUCUUCAAUCCCUUCCCCGCACCCAAUCACAGAACCUCUUCCUCGGUCAUAUGAUGGGUCUAAGUCCUGUUGUAAGAGAGAAGUCCAAAUACCAGGUACUCAGGUCGCAGUACCCGUUUAAGUACUUCCUACCGUACUUCUCCGGAGGUGGUUACAUCAUGUCUUCUGCAGCAGUGAAGGGAAUGUACGACAUGACUCGUAGCACCAAACUCAUCCCCAUUGACGAUGCUUACGCGGGUAUCCUGGCGUUCCGAUCAAAAACCAAGAUCAACCUGAACGCAGCCUCGUCCAAGUAUUUCAUCACCACUGGAAGCCGAAGGGAUGCCUGUUUCCUACGGAAGGCUUUCAACCUGCAUGGCUUCAAGAGGACUGACUUCAUGAAGGAAACGUGGGCAGAGUUCAUGGAUCAAUCGACAACGUGUGAAGAACCGAACAAACUGGUCCCAAAACAUCAUUGACUUUAUUGAACAAGGUUGACGGCCAACCAAAACCAAAAACAGCUGGGCCGUAAACGUCAUUGACUUAUUGAACAAGUUAAUGUGGUUGGCAAGCCACCAUAUCACUCGAGAGCUUAAACAGAAUGUAUUGCUAAGCAAUUGACUAUUUAGCAGAAAUGAGCAAGAUAGCAAUCACAAAGUGUACAUGUGACAUGGUAGUUUGGCUGGUAAGCAUAAUUUGUUGUGCUUAUCUCUUUUUAUGAUUAAGCAGCUUCAUGAAGGCUAUGCUUACCGUCGGCCGAAUUCUGACGCAUGCAUGCUGCAGCUUUUUGAAAUUGUGCCAUGGACUCAAUUUCAUAAAGCAUGUAAGCACAAAAACUUGCUAAUCAUGAAAUAGUGUUGCUUAGCAGAAAAUGGUUACCAGCCAAAGUAACUUUAAGUUUGCGUUGCUGUGGCUGCUGGUGCCCCACUCAACUUUUGCUACCAAAGUCUGGCAGUAUUUUCCAAAUUUCAGCAGGGCCCAAUGUUAUGGGUGCCUUGAGCACAAAAACUAGCUAAGCACAACAAACUGUUGAUUACCAGAAUAAGGUUGCCAAUCGAAGUACAAUUUCUCAUACGCAAUUGGUGACUGGUUUCCUGCUAAAAUGCACUUAACAGAACUUGUGGUAAGCGUUAAUUUCUGCUAAAGCAACUCCAUGAAAUUAGGCCCAGUAGAACUUGGUUUUGCCAUUUAAGAAGAGUUAUUCGGGUGCAUUUGCGCCAAAACAGUUUCAUGUGAACUGUACUCCCCACGAAAUUACAUUCCAUUGUAAAAAAAAA